AUGAAUGACGCAAUACGAUUGAAUUUAAUUGAUGAUGAAGAAACAUGGUUCUAUGGAGCAUGUGACAGAGGUGAAAAACCAGGGGUUACAGAUCAGACUGUUUUGAGUAAAGCACAGGAACCAAAACAAAGUCUUUUCGAGGAUUCAUUGGGUUGUUUUAUGAUUUACAAACAACAGGACGAUGCAUUACUAAAAUGUGAGCAAGAAGGACCAAUGGCAAGAGUGUUUGCAUUCGAAUAUUCCACUCAUCAUCCAGGACGAAGACGAUAUCUUGUAUCGGGAGUAGAACGAUUCUGGAGGUGGUAUAAGAGACAAUGCAAUGUUUCAUUUUACGAACUAAUACCACGAAAUCGUCCUGCUCAUCUCUACUUUGAUCUUGAAUUUUAUCGAGAAACGAACCCUGGUGUUAAAGAGGAGGAAUUGAUUAAGGAUUUUAAUGACUGCGUCAGUGAAGUGUUCGCAGAAAUGUUUGGUAUUGAUCUGAAUCCAGAAAAGGAAAUGUUGGUACUUGAUGCUUCAACGACGACUAAAUUUAGUGAGCAUAUUAUCGUUCAUUUAGCGGAUAACCAUUUAUUUCCAUCAAACACUUCUAUGAAAUCUUUUAUACAACAACUGAAGGAAAAAAUGUUAUCAUCUGGUCGAUGUUUAGUUUGGAAUGCGGAUGCUACCAAGAUGCUGACAUUGUUCGAUGCAGCUGUUUAUUCUGCGAAUCGUAAUUUUCGUUUGUACCUAUCAUCAAAAUUGGGAAAAAAUAACCCUUUAGUACUCGCACAGCGUUGCAAUUUCUAUGCCCACAAGAAACGCCGUUCAAGAAAACAAAUUUUCUUCGAUUCAUUAGUUGUACCUACCAAGUAUAAUAUUUCCGAAAUCUUUCAUAUCCCAAUAACUGAAAAUGAAAAAUAUCCGGCUAUUCAAAGCAGAAGACAAAAAAUCCUUACACUUCCUGCACAAGUUCCUGCAUCAACUGAAAACGUGGAUUAUAUGAUUGGCCAUGGAGCAACUUCACCUUUUCCAGUAUUGGACCAACAUAUCAUCGCUAUAAACAAACGAUGGAAGGAUAAUGCAUCCAUUCGACAGUGGAAGUUGUCAGUGGAUAAAUUUACAAUGCCCCGACAUAUCAUUUAUUAUAUGGCGAAUUGUCGUUAUUGUUUCAAUAUUGACAGAGAGCAUCGAAGUAACGGAAUAUAUUGGGUUGUGGAUUUAGACAAAUUGCACUGUUUCCAAAAAUGUUUCGAUAUUGAUUGUAAUGGUGUCAGCUCGAACUAUUUUCCUUUGCCAAAUUUUGUCUGUACUUCCUUGUUAUCCAUGAAAGCAACUAAUUUUGUUAAUCUGACGUUAGAAGCCAAUAAAAUUACGAUACAAGUACCAAAUACAGAGGUUGAAGAUAAAGCAUUUGGAAGAGAUAGUAUGUCAAAGCAGUUAUUGCUCGAUGUAAUAAGAGAAGCGAGAGCAAUGAAUGAGAAUAAUGUUCAGAAGCGUACGUUAACAACGCUUAAUGGAAGUGCUAUUCUAGAAAUGGGAGAACAACAAAAUAGUCGGAACUUGUUUGAAUUAACAGAUGACGAAUUGCUGAACGCUUUUUCUUCAGUCAAAAAUUAA